UUAAGCCUGGGAACGGAAAUAUUGGCUAAAACCCAAUAACCAAUUCAUCAAUCCCUUUCGCUGUUCCUGCAGCUAUGGCAGGAUAGCGCAUUUUUCACUUCAUUGAAUUCAAUGUCUAUAUCAUCCUCCCUCGUUCCUCUUUUUUAAACUCAACCACAUUCAUGGACUCCAUUAUCGCUUCUUCGCCACUUCAAUUUCCCCACCGCCCUCUCUUCACUUCCAUUCGGCCCAUUCCUAUCCGAACUCUUAUCUCCAAUUCCCGCCGAACACCACGAACCCCACUCUCACUCGCUCCCAUCGCUUUUACUCCACCAAUCACUUCUGCCGCCAAGUCCACCACACUCGCACCCUCUCCGACCGACGACGUUUUCUUGAAACAACUCGUUCGUGCGCUCUUCUGCUUCGCGGUUGGUUUCUCCGCGCUCGGCGCAUUCCGCGCUCCUCCUCCCGCACUUGCAAUUGCAGUUCCGUGGAAUGUAUUCGGAACGAGAGGCGCCGAGACAGAGAAAGAGAAAGCGAAAGCGAAGAGUCACAAGUAUUCGGACUGUACCGAUAAGUUGUUGGAGACGGUGUCGUUUUUGUUGGGAGCCGUAGAUGAAGCUAGGAAGGGGAAUGGUGACACGAGCGAGGUGGAGGAGGCGUUGAAGGCCGUGAAAUUGAAGAAGCAAGAGAUGAAGAAAGAUAUUGACAGGAGGCUCUACCCGGCGUUGAAGAAGCUGAGGAACGAAAAGAAGGCGUUGUGGAAACGGUCCGGGGAGAUUCUUGGCGAUAUAUUGAAGGCGACGGCGGAGUACGAUAGAUUGAAGGCGAAGGUGGCGGCAAAUGAGAAAGAGAAGGCAAGAAUGAUGGAGUUGGAGGUGAUUGUUGAAGAUAUGGAGAAUGAGUACAAUGGGUUAUGGGAGAGAGUUGGGGAAAUCGAGGACCAGAUUUCGAGGGAGGAGACGGUGGCGUUGAGUUAUGGGGUGAGGGAAAUCAAUUUCAUAGAGAGGGAGUGUGAACAGCUGGUGGAGAGGUUUAAACAGGAAAUUAGGCGCAAGGACUUCGAAAGUUUGCCUACUGGCUCAGUUACCAGGCUCUCAAAAUCUGUCAUUCAAAAAGAUUUGGAAACUGUGCAUAGAAAACAUGCUGAACAAAUAAUUCUUCCUAGCAUUUUGGAUGUUGAAGAUCUUGAACCAUUCUUUCACCAAGAGUCUAUUUAUUUUGCCCAACGUUUGAAAAGAGUUCUUAAAGAUUCCAGGGAGAAGCAAAGGAAUUUAGAGGCUCAGAUAAGAAAGAAAAUGAAGAAGUUUGGCAAGGAAAAGCGUAGUAUUAUUUACUCACCACACGAAGAUGUGGUUAAGGGCUUUCCUGAAGUUGAGUUAAAGUGGAUGUUUGGAAAUAAGGAGGUUGUGCUUCCCAAAGCUGUUGGUCUCCAUCUAUACCAUGGUUGGAAGAAAUGGCGUGAAGAAGCUAAGGCAAAUUUAAAACACAAUUUGAUAAAAGAUGCUGAGUUUGGUAGACAAUAUGUGGCUGAAAGACAGGAACGGAUUCUUUUGGACCGCGACAGAGUAGUUUCAAGGACUUGGUAUAAUGAAGAGAAGAAGAGAUGGGAGAUUGAUCCAGUGGCUGUUCCUUAUGCUGUCUCAAAAAAGCUAAUAGAAUAUGUUCGUAUUAGGCAUGAUUGGGGUGCCAUGUAUAUCGAAUUAAAGGGGGAGGACAAACAAUUUUAUGUAGACAUAAAGGAAUUUGAAAUGCUUUUUGAAGAUUUGGGGGGAUUUGAUGGGCUGUAUAUGAAAAUGCUUGCAUGUGAUAUUCCAACAGCUGUUCAUCUCAUGUGGAUUCCUUUCUCUGAAUUGAAUAUUCGCCAACAGCUUCUCUUGAUAUUAAGAGUGUGUAAUGGGAUUGUUAGUGGCUUAUGGAAUUCUAGAAUUGUCACACAGGCAAAAAAUUGGAUCUUUACCCAAAUUAAGGAUACCACUGAUGACAUAAUGGUGGUGAUGGUGUUUCCUAUUGUGGAAUUUUUAGUCCCAUACCCGGUGAGGAUACAAUUGGGAAUGGCUUGGCCAGAGGAAAUAUACCAGACGGUUGACACCACAUGGUACUUGAAAUGGCAAUCAGAGGCAGAAUCAAAUUUUAAAUCCCGACAAUCAACAGACGAAGAUGAAGAAAGUUCAUGGUCUUUUUGGUUUUUAGUCAGAGCUUCUAUAUAUGGAUUUGUUUUGUUUCAUGUGGUCAAAUUUAUGAGGAGAAAACUUCCUAGACUUCUCGGGUUUGGGCCUUUGCGAAGAGAUCCAAAUAGGCGGAAAUUGCGGCGAGUGAAGUAUUACAUUGGUCAAAAAUUAAAAAAAAUCAAGCAGAGGAGAAAGGACGGCGUUGAUCCCAUAAAGACCGCAUUUGAACAGAUGAAGAGGGUGAAGAAACCGCCGAUACCAUUGAAGAACUUUGCUAGCGUCGAGUCUAUGAAAGAGGAAAUCAAUGAAGUUGUGGCAUUUUUGCAGAAUCCACGGGCAUUCCAGGAAAUGGGUGCACAGGCGCCUCGGGGUGUUCUUAUUGUAGGUGAGAGGGGUACCGGUAAGACAUCUCUAGCAUUGGCUAUUGCUGCUGAGGCUAAGGUGCCCGUUGUUGAAAUUAAGGCCCAGCAAUUGGAGGCUGGGCUGUGGGUUGGACAAAGUGCCUCCAAUGUUCGUGAAUUGUUUCAGACAGCAAGAGAUCUGGCUCCUGUGAUAAUAUUUGUGGAAGAUUUUGAUCUGUUUGCUGGUGUACGUGGUACAUAUAUUCAUACCAAAAAUCAAGACCAUGAAACUUUCAUCAAUCAACUGCUCGUGGAACUUGAUGGAUUUGAGAAACAAGAUGGAGUUGUUUUGAUGGCUACAACAAGAAAUCUCAAGCAAAUUGACGAGGCCUUGCAGAGGCCAGGUCGCAUGGAUAGAAUAUUUCAUCUUCAAAGACCGACACAAGCUGAGAGAGAAAAAAUAUUGUACUUGGCAGCAAAGGAAACCAUGGAUGAUCAGCUUAUCGAUUAUGUUGACUGGAAAAAGGUUGCUGAGAAGACAGCUCUUUUACGGCCUAUUGAAUUAAAAAUUGUUCCAAUGGCUUUGGAGGGAAGCGCCUUCCGGGGCAAAGUUCUUGACACAGAUGAAUUGAUGGGCUACUGUGGUUUCUUUGCGACUUUCAGCUCUAUGGUUCCCUCAUGGUUGCGGAAGACCAAAGUUUUCAAUAAGUUUAGCAAAGCGAUGGUGAAUCAUCUUGGACUGACAUUGACAAAACAAGAUCUGCAGAAUGUUGUUGAUUUGAUGGAACCAUAUGGCCAAAUAAGCAAUGGGAUAGAGUUUUUGAGCCCUCCACUUGAUUGGACAAGGGAAACGAAGUUUCCACAUGCUGUCUGGGCAGCUGGUCGUGGUCUCACUGCUCUUUUAUUACCCAAUUUUGAUGUUGUUGAUAAUCUUUGGCUUGAACCUCAAUCAUGGCAGGGAAUUGGAUGUACAAAAAUUACAAAAGCAAGAAAUGAGGGCUCCAUCAAUGGGAACUCAGAAUCAAGAUCAUAUCUCGAAAAGAAGCUUGUAUUUUGUUUUGGUUCUUAUGUUGCAUCCCAAAUGUUACUUCCUUUUGGGGAAGAAAACUUACUUUCUAUUUCUGAGAUACAGCAGGCGCAAGAGAUAGCUACUCGAAUGGUCAUUCAGUAUGGGUGGGGACCCGACGACAGUCCUGCAAUUUACUACCACAGUAAUGCGGUCACGGCAUUAAGUAUGGGGGAUGACCAUGAAUAUGUGAUGGCAGCUAAAGUUGAAAAGAUGUUUGAUUUGGCAUAUCUCAAAGCAAGAGAAAUGCUGCUGAAAAAUCGCCCAGUACUAGAAAAGAUAGUGGAGGAGUUGCUUGAGUUUGAAAUUUUGACUGGGAAGGACUUAGAAAGAAUUACAAAAGAUAAUGGUGUAAUCAGGGAGAAAGAGCCAUUUACGCUUGGUGAAAUCCGAGUUAGUGAUCCAACAUCUGUCAGCUUACUUGAAAGAGGAAAUGCACCAGGAAGUGCUCUACUAGCAUCCUAGAUUAGUGGGAUACUGUAGGGUACGGAACAAUUUGAGGUGCGGCUACUGUUCUUUUUAUGACUGAUGUUUUUGGAGGGCAAUCUGUCAUUUUGUACUUCGAUAAAUGUGUACAGUUUAGGAUACAAAAUACACUAAUAUCAUGCCUAUGUUCGUCUGAAUGAGAAGAGAUAACAGUUUUCCUUCUCGGCCUUCUUUUCUUGAUGUCAACUGGAUCACAAUAUUUUUUUCGUUACCAUUGUAACAUUAAUUGUUUAUUUUAAAGUUAUUGGACUUCCUAUCCAA